UACAAACCCUAGCUCUUACCCUUCCGCCAUUAUCUCACAGAUAUCUUCUACGCAGCCGAGAAACCAUUUUAGCUCUAAACAAUGACGACGCACUUGAAGAAGAACAGGAAGAAGAGAGGCCAUGUGAGCGCCGGCCAUGGCCGUAUCGGGAAGCACCGGAAGCAUCCGUCGGGUCGCGGUAACGCCGGAGGAAUGCACCACCAUCGGAUCCUCUUCGACAAGUACCAUCCCGGAUACUUCGGAAAGGUCGGUAUGAGGUAUUUCCAUAAGCUCCGUAACAAGUUCUACUGCCCUACUCUCAACAUCGAUAAGCUCUGGUCACUCGUCCCUGAGGAAGUCAGAUCCAAAGCUUCCAAGGACAAAGUUCCGAUGAUUGACGUCACGCAAUUCGGAUACUUUAAGCUCCUGGGUAAGGGCGUGCUCCCGAGCAACCAGCCGGUUGUGGUGAAAGCCAAGCUUGUUUCGAAGAUCGCAGAGAAGAAGAUCAAGGAGGCAGGUGGGGCUGUUGUUCUUACAGCUUAGAUUCGUUUCAAUUGCUUUGAGUUUUUAUUAUUAUAUGUUGUCACAAGCUUUACAUUUUUUUGGCCUCUUUGGAAAGAUGUAUGAACUUGUAGAACGCGUUUACUACAAUUUGCCCACAUUUUGGAGUUUAAUCUUCAAUAUUUUCAUGAUUACAUGCUUAUGGUUUAAUUCUUGGAUGUUUGUUCAUUUGGUUCCAUUAGAUCAUUAUCAUGCCAGUAAUAAAUUAUCUUACGAAUUUAAGAAUUG